UCAUAUGAUUUCAGACACUUCUGCGGAUCACUUGAAUCUGUUUAGCAAUAGAAGCAAUCAGUCGAAGAAGAAGCGCAAAUCGCGGACAGCCUUUACUAAUCACCAAAUAUUUGAAUUAGAAAAACGAUUUCUGUAUCAAAAGUAUUUAUCGCCCGCCGAUAGGGACGAAAUCGCGCAGACAUUAGGCCUGACCAACGCUCAAGUGAUCACAUGGUUUCAGAACCGAAGGGCAAAAUUGAAGAGAGAUAUGGAGGAGUUGAAGAAAGACGUGGACGCGGCUAAACUCAUACCCGUCCACAAGAGUCUAAUGGAUAUCCAAGACUUGAGUCUUAUGAAGAAAGCAGAUUUGGCUGCAGUCCUACACCAACACCAAAAGGCUGGCCUCCGCUGAAACUCUGCGCUAAUUGUCUGCAAAUAUGAAAAUAUAUUUGAAUGCUUUAUUUGAGCGAAACUAUGGUUUUGAAUGCAAUACGAGAAUACGUUCCUAAUUUAUAAUGUCAUUUACG